CUGCCUUAACACGACGCUGCUGAACCGGAAGGCAAACAAGGAAUUCGGGUCUGAGGAAUGUUACGUGUCAUUUUCAGAGUUUCAGUCAUUCAGAAAUCUCCUGAAGUGCUUCAGUGGUUAAACCCCUGUUGUGCCGCGCUGUUGAUGAACUCUUUCCUCCUCCACUUCCUGCUGCUGACGGCUGAAGGAUGAAGGCUUUGAUUCUAGUUGGGGGUUAUGGGACCCGGCUGCGGCCGCUCACCCUGAGCGUCCCCAAACCGCUGGUGGAGUUCUGCAACAAGCCCAUCCUGCUGCACCAGGUGGAGGCGCUGGUCAAGGCCGGGGUCAACCACGUGGUUCUGGCUGUCAGCUACAUGUCGGAGCUGCUGGAGAGGGAGAUGAGAGUCCAGGAGCAGAGACUCGGGAUCCAGAUCUCUCUGUCUCAUGAGAAGGAGCCUCUGGGAACCGCCGGGCCGCUGGCGCUGGCCGGACAGCUGCUGAACGUCGACAACGAGCCGUUCUUCGUCCUCAACUCAGACGUCAUCUGUGACUUCCCGUUCAAAGAUCUGCUGCGGUUCCACCGCAGCCACGGCCAGGAGGGAACCAUCGUGGUGACGCGGGUGGAGGAACCGUCGAAGUACGGCGUCGUUGUUUACGAGUCGGACAGCGGCAGAAUCCAGCGCUUCGUCGAGAAGCCGCAGGUCUUCGUCUCCAACAAGAUCAACGCCGGCAUGUACAUCUUCAAUCCCAGCAUGCUCAGCAGGAUACAGCUCAGACCAACUUCUAUUGAGAAGGAAAUAUUUCCUGUCAUGGCGAGAGAGGGGCAUCUGUACGCCAUGGAGCUGCAGGGGUUCUGGAUGGACAUCGGUCAGCCAAAGGACUUCCUCACAGGAAUGUGCAUGUACCUUCACUCUCUGCGACAACACACUCCAGAGAGGCUGCGCACAGGACCCGGUUUCCUUGGCAACGUCCUGGUGGACCCGACGGCGCAGAUCGGGGAGAACUGCACCAUCGGGCCGAACGUCACCAUCGGCGCCGGCGUUGUGGUCGAGGACGGCGUCAGGAUAAAGCGAUGCACGGUGCUGAAAGGGUCCAGAGUCCGAUCGCACUCAUGGCUGGAGAGCUGCAUCGUCGGGUGGAGCUCCUCCGUCGGCCAGUGGGUCCGUAUGGAGAACGUGACGGUGUUGGGGGAGGACGUGAUCGUAAACGACGAGCUCUACCUGAACGGCGCCAACGUCCUGCCUCAUAAAUCCAUCAACGAGUCGGUCCCAGAGCCGCGGAUCAUCAUGUAGCGCCACCGGAGGGAGGUGGCAGGAUAACACCUCGGCUAACUCUCUACUAACUGAACGCCCACGUUGCCUCGGACAAACCGACAAGUGGAAGAUGAACAACCAAGUUUAUUUUUUACAUUUAAUUUGUACUCGUUUUAGCCCUGCAUGGCUGCAGCUUCCUCCAGACGGCAGGACGUUCGACUUUAACGGGACGGACGUCUGCAUCCGGGUUGCAGGAAAACCGAUUUGGGGUUGGUGCACUUGGUAGGAGGGUAGAGAUGAUGAUGGGUUUAUGGGUGAGCAUUGCUUCUUAGACUUUAUGCGUUCAUACUCUGUUCGGCCUCUGAAGGAUCAAACAGCAGCUUUGUCCUGAAAUCAUGACUGUUAACGGUGGGAAAGUUUAAAAACUCGUCAAAAUGUGAAUAUUUGUUAUUUUUCUGUCAGCCGGAUGAAGGUAAAGAAACAGAAUAUCUCACAUCAGAACUCUGGAAUCAACAUCAUGAUCCUUCAUUUAGAUUAAAACUUAUUGUUACUCAACAGAUUUUCUCUCUUUUGCUUCAGAAAUGAAGCGGUUACUAACAGGAUGGAGCAGAUUUUCAGCAACAGUCGGUUUGUGGCGUCUGGACGUCCUGAAAACUCUCAUGUUAACGUUUCAGGCAGAAAAAUCUGAUUUAUUUCAAGAAAACAGG